UCCUUCGUCCCCUUGCAAGUGUGUGUUUGUAAUCUUUAUAGAGGCAGCUCACUCUGACGUCCUCCGCGGCCCAACGUGUCUGCUCUCCGUCGUCCGGAUAUCUAUGGGUCGUCGGCUCUGUCAUCGUCAAUCCUCAACCGACCUUCCAAGUCCCUGGGAACGAGGUUGGCGGCUAUGGAACUCGAGAUCGAUGGCGAUGCUGGUGGUCGUAAUGGUAACGAUGAUCACAAGUAUGCCCGCGCAGGUGCUAGCGGCCGUCGGAGCAGAUGGUAGCUUGACGGCGGAGAGAGGACGGGGGUCCGUUUUGGGAACGGAGAGUGCACAUCACGGCGAUGGCAUUAUGCGAGGAGCGAGAAAGCUUGAGGCAGACUCGUCGCCUGCUUUCUCCAUCAGAAACACGACUCUCCUUCAAGCUUCCCGCGUGGUUUUUACCGCUACUGAUGCCUCCGCAUGUCGUACAUCCGAUCUUCUAUCGUGUUUUAGAUGGGUCAGGCGCGUCGUAUUCACCUCCGAGACGGGGGUGUUCUACUAUUUGCUGGAAGAUUCAUGGCGGAAUAGCAGUUCUUUCGACCUUCAUCACGCUCAGUCCGUGCACAAGGGUGAUUUGCGCGGCAUUGCCAGCGUUGGGGACGCGCAGGCCAACUCCUCCCUUCUCACUCUACGAUGGACUACUGACGAUCUGAACGGCACUGCUGCAAGUGCUGCCGGAACACAGGGGAGCGAGGAAGCACCUCCUUACUUCGUGGGGUUUGAUCUGUCGCGGGACGAGCGGAAUCUUGUGAUGCCCACGGAUCGGGGUCUGGCAUUUGUCGACACCAUGGAUGGCUCCACAACCAGCUACGAGCUCCCCGGCUUCGAGGUCGAUUUUGGCGCAUUCAAUCCUAACCGCACUAUUUUCUAUGUGGCAAGAGAUGGCUGCCUUGAUUACUCCGUCAUGGAUGGCGAGUCGCCAGGCAGCUUUGCCAACGAGUUCAGAUCACAAGCAUGCCGUGCUUACGGCGAACUCACGCUCAGUCAUCAAAGCUUUCUCCAAGAUGGGAGCUACAUAUACGCUAGGGGACAGUCCGUUUAUUCUGAGAUUAUAGGGAUUAACGUGGUGAAUAGAUCUAUGGGCCUGAUAGCUCAGACCGACGUGGCUAAUAUGUCCAAGACGCUGCCGGGCGCAUGGAGCUUCUCCGACCCGACUCUUGCUGUGACCCAAGAUGGCUGUAACUUAUUCUUCGCGGCGGAUUCGGACACAAAUAUCGGCCGAAUGGCGUUCGAUAAACCCAGAGGCAAGAUGGUGAAGAUGGAGACGGUGGCAGAGUGCAUCCUCCCAGGAGGAUGCUUGAUUCGGACCCUUGUUUUGGAUAACGAUGACAGCCAUUUGUACGUGUCGAUCCAGACCGGCCAGCUGUUCGAAUUUUCAAUCAACAAGCUAGCUCUAGGCCGAUGCAGCGGUGCUUUGCCGACACCAGCAGCGCGGACACUCAAUACUUCAACCCAUCCAUCAUCGCAAUCAUCGCCAGCGUCAUCACGAGAAUCCCCUGCACCGCCAUCGUCGCCAUCUUCCUCGUCGCCAUUGCCAGCGCAACCAAGUGAUGCAUCUGCACCCGCGGGGUCAUCCUCUUCCUCAUCGCCAUCGUCGUCAGAAACCUCGAGAGAACAGUCCUCCGCGUCAUCCCCAAUGCAAUCACCUGAUGCGUCUACGGAAUCGUCUCCCUCCUCAUUUUUGUCACAACGCUUGACAGACUUAUCAUCAUCAUCAUCGCCAGCGCCAGUGCUAUCAAUGGAUUCCUCUCCAUCUUCAUGGUCCUCAGAGCCUCGCACAGAAUCGUCAUCAUCAUCACAAUUGCCAGCGCGAUCAACUGAUACAUCUUCAGCAUCGGAAUCAUCGUCUUCACUGGGACAUGAUGGGAGUAGUACACGAGUCAGUAGUAGGUUCGCCGACACAGCCUCAACUUCUUUACCAGCAAAUGUCCAAACGCCACCAAGGGAAGGUGUCAGCCUCGGCGUGAUGGCUGCCGUGGUUGUGGCAGCAUGUCUGGUAGCCGCUAUUCUUGGUGGCGCUUUCGUUAUCCUCGUUUCUCGUUCUCGAAAAUCAGUGCUGGCGGGAACUGGCGGUUCGACCGCGACGUCUUCUGCUCUCGAACGCCCGGUAGCACCGUCUUCUGCUCUCGAACGCCCACUAGCAUCGUCUUCUGCUCUUGAACGACCGGUUGAAUCUGCCAGAAUCGCAGUUCGUGCCCGCCCUGCAGUACCUCCAAGACCGAAGAAACUCAGCAGGCAGACGACUCCAGCAGCAUCAAGUACGGCAUUGACGGUACAARACGCCACCGGAGAUCAUCCCGCAUACCCAGUCCGAGGAGCCAACGAGCCAGCGACUGAUUAUCGUGGGCGGCUACUGCCAUUUUCAGAAGCCGUAGCUGCCGUCGAGGCCCGGAAGGAGACAGCAGAGGCAGGACGUCAGCGGCUAGCCAAUGAAGCGGCAGCCGAAACUCAGCGAACGACUGAGACUGACGCAGCGACACGAGACAGACGGAAUGCCAGCAACACGGAGUCCUUGAUUGCUUGUGAGCAUCAGUGGACGACGAUACUCCAAGCCAUGAUCUUUGUGCCUACAGAAGCACAGGCAGACCCGACACCGGCAGAGGCAGAGAGAAGUAACCUGGCUAACUUGCUGCUGGGCAUGAUGAGAGGUAUUAUGUGGAAUAAUACACUGCUGCAGUCACAUCUGUGCACGGACGCGACGCAGCGACAAACAUACAAGAAUGAUAUCACUACGUUAACAACUGCUAUCCGCACAGAGGCAAUACAGCAGCAACAACAGCAUCAACUGUUGAAUUCCACUAUCACACGCGUCAACAGCAUAGAGGCUAACGCCUCAGCAGCGCCAGGAUGCACGACAGACGUGACGAAGCAACUCAACGAGCGCAUCGAUCACGUCGUCACCAUCAUCGGCGACAUAAGUACUUUCAAUGGACCAGACUCGAUCAGCAGCACGGUGGCCGCCAUCAAGACGGACAUCACCAAGCUACAAACGAGACCGGAAGCCGCUACAAAGACGUUCAAGAUGCCGCACUUCGACAUCAGCAAGUUCGACGAUUACAACAAGUCGGACGCCUUGUCAUGGUGGCAACGCUUCCUCACGGAAGCAGCAUGCCUCAUGGUCCCGGCGGACGACAUGUUGAAGGCACUAUAUCUGCAGCUGAUUGGAGGAGUGCAGGGAUGGAUGAACCACCUAGCGGCUACACACAAGUGCACUAUCGCCGAACUCCACACGCACAUUACGUGGAAGGAGUUAGAGCAGCUAUGGUUCACCCGGUUCAUGGUCCGCAACAUCGUGAAGGCGGCCAUGAAUGAGGUGUACACAUGCUCUCAAGGGAACAUGCCAACUCGAGACUGGACAACGAAGUGGCAAAAGAUAGUGACCACUGCAGGUUUGAUUUGACGUUUCCAAAUCAACGAUCCGAGUUCUUCUCGCGAUCGUGUGCGGGAUUGC